UGACAAGCAGCUCUGAGCAGCAGAGGAACUGGAGCCUGCGUCAGCUGAUCGUCCAUGAUCAUUCUGCUGAUCAUUCUGCUGAUUAUUGUGCAGAUUAUUGUGCAGAUUGAUUGUUCUGAUGCUUCUGAGGCUUCGUGGCGGUUUAGCGGAUCUACAGACACACUUUCCUCUUUAGUUGAGAUGCUUGCUGUGGGUUUAGUUAGCUGGUUGGAGGAGUAGCCGGGUUGGUGAGCGGAUUUAACUCAGUGAAGCUAGUUGUGAUCAGUGAGUAGAGCUGAGCUUUAAAGAGGAAGAUGGUGUUGGGGGCAGAUGGCAUGGCCGGAUAAACACACACCUGAGCUUUCAGUGUUGAUUUGAAUGAAAGAAUGAAGUGUUGAUGGAGAAUUAGAGUCGCAGUGAAGACACUGAGGCUUUGCUGCAGCUGUGUGUGUGUGUGUGUGUGUGUGUGUGUGUGUGUGUGAGGUGUCAGGGUGUUAUGGAGCGUUGGGAUGGUUCAUAAGGUGUGUGUAUGUGUGUGUAUUUGGUCAGAUGUUGGUGUUAGUGCUUUAAUCAAGGGUUCAGUGGUGUUGGCAUGGGCAUGAAGACAUGGACACACACUCACACACACACUCAUGCAUACACUGUAUAUACAUGCACACACACACACUGCAGCUGUGGGCAAGGUGACUUCUCUGAAUAAUCCUCAUUUGCACGAGUGAUUUGUGGGCCUGGAGGUGUGAUCUUGGAGAGUGAUCUGAGAGAGUGAUCUUGGAGAGGUGAUCUUGGAGAGUGAUCUGAGAGAGUGAUCUGAGAGAGUGAUCUUGGAGAGUGAUCUUGGAGGUGUGAUCUUGGAGAGUGAGUUGAGAGAGUGAUCUUGGAGAGUGAUCUUGGAGGUGUGAUCUUGGAGGUGUGAUCUUGGAGGGGUGAUCUUGGAGAGGUGAUCUUGGAGAGGUGAUCUUGGAGAGUGAUCUGAGAGAGUGAUCUUGGAGGUGUGAUCUUGGAGGUGUGAUCUUGGAGAGUGAUCUUGGAGAGUGAUCUGAGAGGGCUGGAGCUGCUGAUGGUGUGUGUAUGGUCAGGGCUUUGAAGCAGAGACUCACUGAGGUGUUUCAGAGCCAGAGGCUGGAGUGUGCAGACGGAGGAAGGAGCCCAGGAGAGCUGGAGGACGACACACUGGGAAGCAUGAAGCCUGAGCGAGAAGCGGCGGAGGAGUUUUUUGAGUACGACGCCGAGGAGUUCCUGGUGUCCCUCACGCUCCUGAUCACAGAGGGUCGGACGCCGGAAUGUUCCGUGAAAGGCCGAACCGAGGGCCUGCACUGCCCCCCCGCGCAGUCCGGUGGACCGGUCCUCACCAAACACGAAUGCAGCGACAAACUGCCUCAGUGCCGUCAGGCGAGGAGGACGAGGUCAGAGGUCAUGUUGCUAUGGCGAAAUCACAUCCCUAUCAUGAUCGAAGUGAUGCUGCUGCCUGACUGUUGCUACAGCGACGAGGGUCUGGCCACAGACCUGAACGAUCCGGCGAUUAAACAGGACGCUCUGCUGCUGGAGAGAUGGACACUACAGCCUGUCCCGAGACAGAGUGGGGAUCGGUUUAUCGAGGAGAAGACGUUGCUGUUGGCCGUACGUUCCUACGUGUUUUUCUCUCAGCUGAGUGCCUGGCUCAGCGCCUCUCAUGGCAUCGUGCCCAGAAACAUCCUCUAUAGAAUAAGUGCAGCCGAUGAAGAGCUGAUAUGGAAUUUCUCCCAGUCGCCCUCGGAGCACGCCUUUCCAGUGCCCAAUGUGUCCCACAGCGUAGCGCUGAAGGUGCGGGUUCAGUCGUUGCCCCGCCAGCCCAAGUACCCCGUGUUGAAGUGCAGCAUCCACUCCGACCUCUCGUUCCUUGGCAAACGUUCCCUCGACCCUGCGGAGGGGCCGUUAGGAGGUGCAUAUAGUCGGGGUCAGACUGUCAGUGACCCUCCAAACCCCCUCAGACUCCAGAGUUCACCACUUUUAUGCAGAUCUCUUCGUUCCCCGUUACCCUCUCAUGAAAGAACCAGCCCGUUGAACCAGCGUAAGUGCCCCGAAUCGCCCAUCCUGCCUGGCAAAGCCGCAAAGCUACUGUUCUCCAGAACUAAUGGCGUCUUGGAAAGCUCAGGAAAGACAACGAGUGUGGAGUUGCCGUCAUCUUCUUCAUCCCCGACACGCGAUUUCAAAUCACUCUCAAAUCCCUCAUUUUCAAACCCCAGCCCGGGUCCUCGCUGUUCCUCAGCUGAAACGAACCCCUUGAUUGGUUCGCUGCUCCAGGAGAGGCAGGAAGUGAUCGCUCGCAUCGCGCAGAGGCUGAAUUUCUGUGACCCGACAUCACCUCAUCUUCUUCCUGACGCUCUCUUCACACCUCCAGGGGAUGAAGGGCCAUUUAAGAAGACCAAAGAUCCUCCCAGUCUCCAAACGAAUGACAGAAAUGGGACAAGGAACGGAGAGUGGAGCCAGACUUCGUUCUUUCAAACUCCAUUGAGCCCCAGGAGCCGGACUCGAGUGGACCGAGGUGAACCGGAUGAGUCCAGGACUUCACCCAAACCGACGUCCUGUAGGCGGCUUCUGCUGUCGGCUGAUUCAAAAGAAGGUUCUAUGAUCGUUGAAGCUGUUCAGGACAUCUCGCGUUUGAUUCAGGAGCGUCUUCAGCUGUCGCAAGAGCUCCUGCACGCCAAAUACAAACAAUGCCGCGAGUCAUCAACACCCACAUCCUCGCAGAACCAAAACCAGACCCAGAACCAUAGACAAAAUCAGAAUCAAAGCCAGACACAAAACCAGAACCACCAGCUUAGAACCAACAGUCACACUAGCUGUGCUAACGGAACUAUAAACAUAGCCAAUGGAGAAACCAGCUCUAACCUUCGAGUUCACACUGAGACACUUGAGAGACGGGUCUUGUCUGAAAACCAGGGCCGGUCUGGACCUCAGAACAAAGAACCCAGUAUCACUAAACCUCAACCACUAACACAAACCAGCCAUGCAUACAGUGCCAAAAACAAUCCCUGGACUUCUUUGCUCAACAGCCCUAAAAGCUCCCACAGCCUGAAUGGAGAGGCAGGAAUCGACGAUAUCAACCACCUCCAGGACCUUCAGGACCUCCAGUUUGGGAAGGAAAACCAGGGCAGAAGAGUAGAAACACAGAUCCAACCAGAGUCCAUCGUGCCUGGUCAGGAUGAGGACCAAGAUCCCUGGUCCUCCCUUUCCAGCACACCCACCAGCCUUAAUACCCAACACUCCCCGAGCCCAGACUGGACUCUCAACAACAACGCACACACCACGUUGCGAAGCCCCGCCUCCUCACAGAAGCCAUGCAGUAGUAACUGGAAGAAGCAGAACAGACACUCCAUCGAUGGUACGGCCACGCGAGCGUUCCACCCCUGCACCGGCCUGCCCCUGCUCUCCAGCCCGAUUCCACAGAGGAAGAGUCAGACGGGAUAUUUUGACUUGGACACGUCUCUGAUUCAGUGUAAAGGAGCACCGUGGGCCUCCAGUAAGAGAGUGUAUUUGAAGCGAACUGAAGACUCAGAGGAACCUCAGCAGCUCCUGAGUGCCAGCGCCCCUCCCGCCAGUCUCAGCCUUCUGGGAAACUUUGAGGAGUGUGUCCUAAACUACCGCUUGGAGCCGCUCGGUACUGUCGAGGGUUUCACGGCCGAAGUCGGCGCCAGUGGUUCGUUCUGCCCAAGUCACAUGACCUUCCCAGUAGACGUGUCAUUCUACAGCGUGUCAGAUGAUAACGCUCCGUCUCCCUACAUGGGGGUCAUAAGCCUGGAGUCUCUGGGGAAAAGGGGCUAUCGCGUGCCUCCAUCAGGAACCAUUCAAGUGACCUUAUUUAACCCCAAUAAGACGGUGGUGAAGAUGUUUGUGGUGAUGUACGAUCUGAGAGAAAUGCCAGCCAGCCAUCAGACAUUCCUGAGGCAGAGGACUUUCUCCGUCCCCGUCAAACGCGAAUCAAACGGACAAAACCACAGAAAGCCCCUCCCCCCUGGCCAGGGGCGGACCCUGCGCUACCUCAUACACCUGAGGUUCCAGAGCUCCAAAUCUGGAAAGAUCUACCUCCAUCGAGACAUCCGGCUUCUGUUUUCACGCAAAUCCAUGGAAGUGGACAGUGGUGCUGCCUACGAGCUCAAAUCCUUCACUGAGUCUCCAGCCGAUCCUCCUUUCUCCCCGAGAUGCUGAUCGACUCGCGUCCCGUCUAACGUCUUGCUCCCACUCCAGCACAGGGGCCUUACUGAAGUCUGCUCUCUCUCUCUCUCUCUCUCUCACACACACACACACACACACACACACACACACACACACACAGAGUUUAUUCAUAUCCUUCUCACUCCUUCUCUUUCCACAUCUCUCAGUUUCUCUCUUUUUUUCUCUUGUUUUCUCUUUAGUUCUCUUUCGAUCUCUUUGUGUCUCUUUUCCUCUUCUCUUGUUAUCGUAUUUGUUUUCUUCUUCCUUUUAUUUCUUUGUGUCUCAUUUUUGGCUGUUUUUCUCCUCUUUUUCCAUCAUUGCUUUAUAUUUUAUGCCUCAAACUUUAUCUCUCUCUCUCUCUCUCUCUCUCUCUCUCUCUGUGUGUGUGUGUGUGUGUGUGUGUGUGUGUGUGUGUGUGUGUGUGUGUGUGUGUGUGUGUGUGUGUAUGUGUGUGAAACCUCUGUGCUUCAGUGAGGACUCUGUGUUUUUUGAUGCAGUUUUGAAGCUCAUCCUCAGAGCUUUGGUGCCGUUUGUGAAGGAAAAAAAAACAUACUGAAGUUUAAAAGAAAAAAAAAUAAAACGAUAUGGACCAUUUUUUUAAAUGACAGAAAAAACAACAAGCAGAUGAACAGAAUAAAGACUUUGGAUAGAGCACUGUGUUUCUCCACCACAACUGGAAAAGGAAAUUAGUCAUAUUCUACUAUUUCUCUUUUUUCCCUUUUAUUUUAUUUUGUACUGUUACCGAACCACUUUAAUCGGAAGUGUUGCAAUAGAGAAAAAGAAUAUCUUAACUAGCUUAGUGUUUACAUAUUUACUUUGUCAGUUAUUUAAUAUUUAAAAUGAUAUUUCAUUUACUGCACAUGUGACGCCUGUCGUGCUCAGCAUUAUGAUGUAGUGCAAUAUGUUUCAAUCAUACCGUGUAUUUUUGACUAAUAUUCAGAUCUGAAAUAAAAGAAAUAUAUCUAUAUAUAUAUAUCUAUGAAAAA